AUGUUUACUUUGCAAUCGUAACCGUGGAAGUUGCCAUAACUAUUUCUGAUAUUAUGUUACUAUUGCGUAUAUUCUGUUUAGAAAAAAUAAGGUGAGACUUUGAUUAAUUUUAGAUUAUUGAUAAAGGAUGUAUUUUACAUUUUAUAUGUAUCUCGAUACAUCAACUUUGCUCUUCUUCUAACAUAUUAUGUAUAUAGUUACAUAGCUUAUGCUAUUUUCUAAGAAAUUAGUCCGAAGUUUUUUAGAAAUAUUUUUAAGUCAAUGUUGUCUAUGUUUUAAGUAUUAACACUAGACAGUUGGAAUUUGUAAGUUAAUCAAUCGGUUUCAAAGUAUUACGGAUAAGCUUGGAGUAUAUUCUUCCUGUUUUUCAUUUUGUUCAUGUUUUUCUAUUUUAUCAAUUUAUUAUUGGGAGCGUUUGUGAGUUAUUAUUCAAAUCCUACUUUGAGAAGAAACUUUGAAUAUGACUUUUAACAUGACGAUGUCCUAAACUAGGAUUUGAAUUUAGAGUACAGACAUUCAAUAGAAAUAAGAGAUGCAUUGAAAUUAUUAGAUAUGGAUCAGACUCCUUAUUAAUUAAAUCGUAAAUCUUGGGGAUUGAAUGAAUCAGAGGUCUCAAUCUACCUCUACAUUUCAUUAUAAAUACUGCUAUCAAUGGCAUAAUUAUUUAGUAGUUUACGUUAAAUCAACUAUGCCUUGAUCGUGAUAGAGAAUAUCUUUGGGAUAUAUUUCUGCAUCUUAUGUUACUAGAAGAUAAUGUAAUUCAGAUAGUUUAUCACUGAAUAAAAAAGCCAGUUUGAAGAGAAAUUUCACGAUGAAACCUAAAUAAGAAACGAAGAAUAUUCGGUCAGAUUAUAUGUCGUAAUAAUCUUGUUGAUCGCAGGUCCAGCAGCAACAAUCGUGGACAUAAUUUCAUUAUCCAUUUAUUAAGACAUCAGAUUCGGACCAAUGCUGAGAGUUCUUAUAGUACUGGCCAUACUCUAUGUUUAAAAGUUGCUGUUCAAAUUUGUUGAAGUGUUGCCUGGAGUCAGCCAUAUCAUCAUUUUUGUAGGAGGCCUACUAUUUACUAUGGCUUUGAUUGGUCACUAAUUUAUUAAAGUUGAUGUCGGCUAUCCCUUAUUUGAUUCUCUGACUUAAUCUUAUUUGUUCAUGUUGUAAGUAGUGACUUUUGAUAGUUGGGGAGAUGUAGCCCGGAUAGUGAUACGACAUCAGGCUAUUUAUGUUUUUUACUUUUUGUUUUUGACCAUUUUUAUUGGGUUCUUUUUAAUGAAUAUGUUGGUAGGAGUAAUGGCUACAAUGACUUAACCAAAGACAUAGGAAUUAUUUGAGAAAGAUCACAUUUUGAGAUAAAGAGUGAAUGAAUUAUAGGUUAGAUAAUUAAGUGAACAUAUUCAAUAGGUAAGUUAUACUAUUGCUAUUUUACUAGUUUAAAGGACAGGAGUAGACUUAGCAUAAUUAAUUAAAGUAGAUAUUGGACGAGUUCAAUUCUUCAAGGAACACACAACCUCUAUAUGUGAUAAUUGA